AAAACCAGGCAACGUCGACGGCAUGGACUUUCCUCCCUCCUUCCUCCUUCCUCCUUCCUCCUUCCUUCCUCCCCGGUAACGAGAUAAGGCGCUAUUAGUGGACAGAACAGAAGUGGAGAAAUAGAGUUCGUAAUAGCAGUCGAAGAGAGAGCUCAGAUGGCGUUGAUUUUCGUGCUGUUCUGGUCGUUGGUGGUGGUGGCGGCGGCGGCUGUUUGGAGGGCGGCGGAGUGGCUUUGGCUGCGGCCGCGGCGGCUGGAUCGAGCUCUUAGGGCACAGGGGCUUCGAGGGAGCCGGUAUCGCAUCCCUAAUGGAGAUCUGAAGGAAGAUGUUAGGCUCGUCGUUGAAGCUCGCCGGAAACCAAUCCCGCUUUCCCACCGUAUCACUCAUCGCCUUGUUCCCUACUUGCACCGCGCCAUGGAUUUGUACGGAGGUGGUACUAAGUUGUCCUUUAGUUGGAUAGGGCCCUCCCCAAGGGUUAUGAUAAUGGAUCCUGAGAUAAUAAGAGAGGUCUUGUCCACUAAGUUUGGCCACUUUGAGAAGCCAAAAGGAAACCCUUAUGGCAAAUACUUAGCUUUAGGAGUUGCAACCUAUGAUGGUGAGAAAUGGGCAAAGCAUAGGAGGAUAAUCAACCCUGCAUUCCAUGUUGAAAAGCUCAAGGUGAUGAUUCCAGCAUUUUCUGCUUGUUGUGAUGAGCUUAUGAGUAGAUGGGACGAUCUGGCAAGUGGUGAAGGAUCAUGUGAGUUAAAUGUUUGGCCAGAGUUCCAAAGGCUUAGUGGAGAUGUGAUCUCUCGUGCAGCAUUUGGUAGUAGCUAUAAAGAAGGUCGUCGCAUUUUUGAGCUGCAGUUGGAACAGGCUCAGCUUCUCAUGGAGGCUGCCCAGAGUGUCUACUUCCCUGGUUUGAGGUUCCUACCCACCCAGAAGAAUAGAAGAAGAAGAGAACUCCUCAGGGAGGUUGUUGGGAUACUUAGAAGCAUGAUUGAACAAAGACAGAAAGCAAUUAUACAAGGAAAAAGCAGCAACAAUGACUUACUGAGCUUGCUUUUAGAAUCUAAUCUACAACAUUCCAAAGAACAAGGAAAUCACUCCAAACAGAUUGGGCUAACCACUGAAGAAGUUAUUGAGGAGUGCAAGCUAUUCUACUUCGCCGGGCACGAGACGACAUCGGUUUUUCUGACAUGGGCCAUGAUCUUGCUAAGCAUGCAUCCGAGCUGGCAGGAGCGAGCAAGAGAAGAAAUUUUGCAGACCUUUGGCAAAAACAAACCAGAUUUUGACGGAUUAAGCCGGCUGAAAGUUGUAACAAUGAUUCUUUACGAGGUUCUCAGAUUAUACCCACCUGGGCUUUUCCUUGCUCGUGAAACUUACAAAGAGAUUAAGCUAGGCGAAUUCAACUUUCCUCCAGGAGUUCAACUCCUGCUUCCCAUCAUCUUGAUCCAUCACAGUACAGAGUUAUGGGGCGAAGAUGCCGAAGAAUUUAACCCAGAAAGGUUUGCUGAAGGAGUUUCAAAGGCAACUAAUAACCAACUCAUCUUCUUUCCUUUUGGUUGGGGUCCUCGGAUCUGUGUUGGACAGAACUUUGCACUUACUGAAGCAAAAAUGUGCUUAGCAGCCAUUCUUCAGCGAUUCUCAGUUGAGCUCUCGCCAUCCUAUGCUCAUGCGCCAUGCACUGUUUUGAUUCUUCAGCCACAAUAUGGAGCUCAGGUUAUCCUACACAAAGUCUAACAUUUCUGCUAUUGUUGCAGAAACUCAAAUGUCUUUUUUGAGGUUUAAAUAAUUUCUCCUAAGUUUGGGGGUGAUAAAACUUCUAUUGUUGUCUACUUUUUUGUUGUUUUGUUCU